CAAAUAAAUAAUUUGCACUCACACGUCAAAUGCCACGUUGUAGUUGGAUGAACCAAUGAGGUUUCACGAUAUCAUAUCAUAGUCCACGCGAUUAUCAAUGGCUGACGCUGAUCACUCUGAACAGUGUAUGUCGCCGGUAUAGAGGAGACGUUUUUUGUAAAUUUCGCAUAUCAAUCCUCCGUUUACGAUGAAGUAUAAACUUUAUGCAACAUUCCUGGUUCUAUUCGUCUUAAGCUUAGGCUAUGUCACCUGUCAAUACAGAACGAAAAACAAUCAAGGUUCCUCCUUAACAGAACGUGUACAACAAAUGACGGAAAUGACCAUGAAGAGAUCGGUACUGAAAUUCAAUGGACCAAAAUUUAAACAAUAUAUUAAAGCUACUCCGAGAAAUUAUUCUAUCAUUGUUAUGUUUACUGCCAUGGCACCUCAGAGGCAAUGUCAGAUUUGCAGACAUGCCAAUGAUGAAUUUACAAUAGUAGCCAAUUCAUUCCGAUAUUCUCAGGUGUACUCCAACAAGUUAUUCUUUGUCUCUAUUGACUUUGACGAAGGAUCAGAUGUGUUUCAACUGAUGAGGCUGAACACUGCGCCAGUGUAUAUGCAUUUUCCACCCAAAGGGAAACCAAAGGCUGCUGAUACAAUGGACAUCCAAAGAGUAGGAUUUGCUGCGGAAGCAAUAGCAAAAUGGAUUGGUGAACGUACAGAUAUUCAGAUCAGGGUAUUUAGACCACCAAAUUACUCUGGCACGGUAGCAGUAGUAAUGUUGCUAGUUCUCAUAGGAGGUUUCCUAUAUCUCAGACGUAACAAUUUAGAUUUCAUUUACAAUAAAACCAUUUGGGGACUUGGUGCUUUGUUUUUCAGUUUAACUAUGACAUCUGGACAAAUGUGGAAUCAUAUUAGAGGCCCACCUUUUAUUCACAAGUCACCAAAUGGAAAUGUAGCUUAUAUUCAUGGAUCUUCUCAAGGACAGUUUGUAUUGGAAACUUACAUUGUUAUGGUCAUAAAUGGAGCAGUAGUGUUAGGAAUGAUUCUAAUGACUGAAGCUGCAGCUCGUAAAGGUGAUGUGAAAAAACGCAGAAUAUUUGCGGUGUUAGGUUUGGGAUUAGUCGCAAUUUUCUUCAGUCUUCUUUUAUCAAUAUUUAGGAAUAAAGCACAAGGCUAUCCAUAUAGCUUAUUGUUCAAAUAGACUAGAUAGGUGCAGAAAAAAAAAA